GACUACCAAAAACCCUUUAACCUUAACCUAAAAAAAUGUUACCUUGUUUUUAGUUUCCCUUUUUAAAUUUUAUUGAAAUGAGCAAACGUAAUGGAAAGUUUAAUGGGUUUAAAUCCGAAAGUGGAAAGAAACAAAAAAUGGACAAUGUUGAUGAUUUAUGGGGCGACGAUCUGGACAUUAAGGAUGUGGAAGAUUGCUUUAUGUUAGCCUCGCAAGUUUGUGAACAGCCCAACAUACCACGGACUCAAUUAAAUAAUGUAUCAAUUUUACCUUCGUAUGAAGGGUUUCAACAGAACAUCUUCACUUCUACACAAAUAAAUCACGAAAUGACGAUAAAUAAACCUUUAGCAGAUAAAUGCAGACCGAUAACAAAACAAAGUGGGAGUACAUCAACCACAUUGAAACGUACAGCCUCCUUCAGCCAAACUACAAAUAAAGAAAUUGACAUAGAUGUGAAAAUUAAGAAACUCGAAGAAGACUACGAGAGUAAAGCUGGAGAGGUUGGUAUAUUACGUAGCAAUUUGAGAGACGUUAAGGCUCAACAUGAAGCAGAACACAAGAAAAUACAAAAGGAGUGGAGUGAGAAAUUGUUCACCACAACGAAACAGUUACAAGGUGUCGAGAGCCAGUUGCAGUUCAAGAAUUUGGAGAUUGUAAAUUUGACUCAAAAAUUGAAAGAGGCGACUAAAAUCAAUAACGGCGAUGCUUCACACUCAAACACUGUUAGCAGUCCAUUUUUUAAACGCCACAGUCAUGUGCAACGAUCGGCGCCGUGUAAUGCGGGUCCUCCUGUACACACUGAAUUUAAGGUUCAUAAAUCUGUUGAAACACGUUACCCUUUAAACAGUAUCAUUGAUCUAAAUGUUUUUCGAGUCCCUGUUGCGGAAAUGUGUUUCAAAGAUAUAGAUUGCAUGUUUAUGUGUCCGACUGUGCAAAAUUACGUUGUCAAAUUGCAACCACCUGUUAAGGUAGCAGAAACUUGCAGAUUUGAUAACAUUUAUGAUUCCAUGAAAAAGUUAAAAGAAUGUAACCAAUUACAGUUGCUUCAAAAUAAAAUCGACAUUGACAAGCUUUGGGACGUUGCUGAGCAUUUGGUCAAAAAUGUUUUUGUGUUCCUACAAAGUCUAGGUAUUGAUACCAAAAUAGCUAAUGAUGAGUAUGUGUUAAACUUGCAGAGGCUUUUGGAAGAUGAUACAUGUAAUUUAGAUGAAAGAAAACCAUCGGAAGAUGAAAUGGGAAUAUACACAGCACAAACUAUUAGAUGCAUAACGGAAAUUGUACCGUACAACACAACUGUAAAUGAACACAUCAGUCAUAAUGAUCCACUGCUGCAAAGUAUGGGCUCUUUUUAUUUCACAAAGAUAUUAACUUUGGUGACCCUAAUCAGAAAAUUAAAAUUGUUUCAUAAUUUUAAGGAAUUUUUAAAAGCGCUUAUAAAGUUUUUGGAUAAAAUCUGUACAAAUUUUACUAUACGUUCCCUAGAUUUUGGUAGUAGCAUCUUCGAUGUAACUAGAGAAAUUAUUUUAUGUGUUCCCAGCGGUGUUGUGAUGUCGCACUUCAUCGAAUAUUUAAGUAAUCUCGUUCUACAAAGUAAUUGUCUGACAAGGCUGUGUACAAAGUGUGAUGACAAAGAAUUAAAAAUCGAUCAAAAAACAUACAUCGUAGUUUACGAAAAAACUACCUGUAUUCUUCAUAUCCUGUUUAUGCUACUGGAUGAGAUGAUGAAAAGAAAUACAAAAUAUGAUGUAAAUGUCAUGCAGUUUAUUGCAAGUUGCCUGAGAUGUAACGGGGAAUGGUUCUCAAACAAGGAAAGUAAACGUUGCUUCUGUGUUUCGAAGGCAGUAAGGAUGUAUGUUGAUCUUAUGUACAAGACUGUACAAAGGGCGAAUGUUAGUUGCAGUGCGGGUGAUGCCGAUUACGAAUGUCUAAGGGGUAGUGUAGAUACCCUCAUCUUUUUAAGUGCCACGUUAUUCGAUGUGGUAGUUAAGUAUGCUGUGACUUUUUCUCGGUAUACAGUUAUUAUUGCGUCACUACUCCAUCUUCAAGACAGUUUGAAUUUAAGCGAGUUGGAAAUUCAGGUUUUGGAUAGUUUGGGAAAAAAUGAAGAGGUCCAAAAAGUUGACGAAGAAAAGUUCAAGAAUAUUUCCCCCUUGCUCGAACUGAAAUUGUAGCAUAGUGGGGAAUUUGUAUGUUUUUAGCUAAACAAUGAAGCAAGUGAUAGAUUGCAACUGGCAUAUUAUGCACAGAUUUUUAAAGUAACAGGACCAUAUUGUAAAUAUAAAUGUUGGUUUAUUAAAAAGAUUUGUUGAUAUAUUGGAGUUAUAAUAAACGAAUGUCGUAAAAAUUG